AAAAGAGAUAGCGACAGAGAGAGGGGCAACGAAAAGAGCCUUCAAACCGAUUGUUGAAGAAUUUUGGAGGUUGAUUAGAAGAUCCCAUUAAUGGAGAAUGGAUGAUCUACAUCUAAAACAGAAUUCCGAUGAUAUGGGAUGGGAAUAUGGAGUUUUGUGUGAUCCAAAAAAUCCAGAUAAGGUGAAAUGUAAGCUGUGUGGAAAAGAAAUGUCUGGUGGAGUGUUUAGGAUGAAAGAACAUAUUGGUCAUCAAAGAGGAAGUGUUUCUCCUUGCCCAUUGUCAACAAAAGAGGAUCAAGCUAAGUGUAUGAGUGCACUUAAAGAAGCAAAGCACAAGAAAACGAGAAAGAGACGACAUGAUGAAGAGCUUAGAUUAGAGGUGAAUAUAAAUAAACCGUAUUUGGAUAAUGUACUACAAGAAGAACUUGGAACUCAAACGGCUCCUCACUUCCAAGGUCGUCCCAUGGAUAAGUUCGUGAACUACAUCAACCCUGAAGCUUCCUUAGCUGCACAAACACGAUAACAAAAUAUCCAUGCUGCAAUUUUUAAAGAGAAGACAAAUGCUGUUCGCCAAUAUUGUGCUAGAUGGAUGUACCAGUCAAGUAUUCCCUUCAAUGUUAUUGAUAAUGAAAGUUUCAGAUUAUA